GUGUUGGGAGUCAAGGGGGUGGGAAGCGGGAACUCAUUCGGAGUUGUGCUGAGAGGACUGAGAACUGGAGUCGGGAAAAGUUAGGAAUCUAAAGUAAACAAGAAAGCAGGAUGUCCUCAAUGUGGUCUGAAUAUACAAUUUGCGGAGUGAAGAUCAAAUUUCCUUGUAAAGCUUACCCAUCACAGCUUGCUAUGAUGAAUUCUAUUGUCAGAGGAUUAAAUGGUAGUCAACAUUGUUUGUUGGAGAGCCCCACAGGAAGUGGAAAAAGCUUAGCCUUACUUUGUUCUGCUUUAGCAUGGCAACAAUCUCUUAAUGGGAAGCCAGUGGAUGAAAGCUUAAGUAAAAAAACUGAAGUACCAUUGUCAUGUUGUUGUACAUGCCAUUCAAAGAAUUUCACACACAGAGACCUGAACCAAGGAACUUCACCUCAUUUCAAUAGUCCAAGCACACCACCUUCUGAAAGAAAUGGCAGUUCAUCAACUUGUCAAGAUACUGUGAUUAGAAAACGUCAGUGUUUUGAAAAGGAAGCAUACCAUUUAGAUACACCUGUUGCUUCAGCAAAGACUGUGAAACCCAACUUUCCAUUAGGAAAGCCUCCUGGCCAGUGUUCUAAGUGCUGUUGUUCUGCAAAACAAGGAAACAGUCAAGAGUCUUCAAAUACCAUUAAGAAGGAUCAAGGGGGGAAAUUCAAGAGACCCAAAAUAUAUUUUGGGACACGCACACACAAGCAGAUCGCUCAGAUUACUAAAGAGCUCCGGAGGACAGCAUAUUCAUGGGUGCCAAUGACCAUUCUUUCCAGCAGGGAUCAUACUUGUGUCCAUCCUGAAGUCAUUGGUAACUUCAACAGAAAAGAAAAGUGCAUGGAAUUUCUGGAUGGAAAAAAUGGAAAAUCCUGCUAUUUCUAUCAUGGUGUUCAUAAAAUUAGUGAUCAACACACAUUACAGACUCUUCAUGGGAUGUGCAAAGCCUGGGAUAUAGAAGAACUUGUAAGCCUGGGGAAAAAACUAAAGGCAUGCCCAUAUUACACAGCUCGAGAACUGAUAGGAGAUGCUGACAUCGUCUUUUGUCCCUAUAACUAUCUUCUAGAUGCACAAAUAAGGGAAAGUAUGGAUAUAAAUCUGAAAGAACAGGUUGUCAUUUUAGACGAAGCUCAUAACAUUGAAGACUGUGCUCGGGAAUCAGCAAGUUACAGUGUGACAGAAGUUCAGCUUCGGUUUGCUCGAGAUGAACUAGAUAUUUUGGUUACCAAUAAUAUAAGGAAGAAAGACCAUGAACCCCUUCGAGCUGUGUGCUAUAGCCUCAUUAAUUGGUUAGAAGCAAACUCUGAACAUCUUGUAGAAAGGGAUUAUGAAUCAUCUUGUAAAAUAUGGAGUGGAAAUGAAAUGCUCUUAAACUUAUAUAAAAUGGGCAUCACUACUUCUACUUUUCCCAUUUUGCAGCAUUUGUUUGCAUUCAGAUUUGCAGAUGAUUAUAAAAUUGCUAUUCAGCAGACUUAUUCCUGGACAAAUCAGAUUGAUAUUUCAGAUAAAAAUGGAUUCUUUGCUCCACCAAAAAAUAAGAAACGUUCACGACAGAAAAUUGCAGUUCGUGUGCUAAACUUUUGGUGCUUAAAUCCAGCUGUGGCCUUUUCAGAUAUUAAUGGCAAAGUUCGGACAAUUGUUUUGACAUCUGGUACAUUGUCACCAAUGAAAUCCUUUUCAUCAGAGCUUGGUGUUACAUUUGCUAUCCAACUAGAGGCUAAUCAUGUCAUUAAUAACUCACAGGUUUGGGUUGGUACCAUUGGUUCAGGCCCUAAGGGUCGGAAUCUCUGUGCUACCUUCCAGCAUACCGAAACAUUUGAGUUCCAGGAUGAAGUGGGAGCACUUUUGUUAUCUGUAUGCCAGACUGUGAGCCACGGAAUUUUGUGUUUUUUACCAUCAUAUAAGCUAUUAGAAAAAUUAAGAGAACGUUGGCUCCAUACUGGUUUGUGGCAUAAUCUGGAGUUGGUGAAGACAGUCAUUGUAGAACCACAAGGAGGAGAAAAAACUGAUUUUGAUGAAUUGUUGCAGGUGUACUAUGACUCAAUCAAGUAUAAAGGAGAGAAAGAUGGAGCCCUGCUAAUAGCAGUUUGUCGUGGUAAAGUGAGUGAGGGUCUGGAUUUCUCAGAUGACAAUGCCCGUGCUGUCAUAACAAUAGGAAUUCCUUUUCCAAAUGUCAAAGAUCUACAGGUUGAACUAAAGCGACAAUAUAAUGACCACCAUUCAAAAUUGAGAGGUCUUUUACCUGGCCGUCAGUGGUAUGAAAUUCAAGCAUAUAGGGCCUUAAACCAGGCCCUAGGUAGUUUUUUUCUUAAUACAUACUAUCUUACACAUACCUCUGGGUUUACUUUUUCUUUAGGACUUUCUAAAUGGAUAAGGCAGCAGAUUCAGCACCAUUCAACUUUUGAAAGUGCACUGGAAUCCUUGGCUGAAUUUUCCAAAAAGCACCAAAAAAUCAUUGAUAUAUCCAAAAAGGAACAAAAGUGUAUACAAGACAGUAAAUCUACUCUUGAAGAGUCCUAUUUGGAGAAUGAUAGCCCUACUUAUUUACUUGAUACAUUAAGUUAUCUACCACCAGAAAAUCCUACGAAAUGUGAAACAAAAAUGUGUGUCCAAGAACUACAGUGUCCUAAAGUGAUUACUAAAAACUCAUUUCUACCAAGUGAUAUCAUCUCUAGAAAAGAGAAAGAUGAUCCAGUAUUAUUGGAAGAGUCUGUCCAAGCAAAGAAAGCUGAAAAUUUUGUGAUUUCCAGAUCCUCAAGCCCAACUUUCAGUAAAGAAACAAAGAAAGUUAGCUGGUCUAUCUUUAAUUCUUUAGGACAGUAUUUUACUGGCAAGAUGCAGGCUGUUACACCCCAGCUCAGUACAUCAGAGUAUUGUGCCUCUAGUUCUUCCACUUUCAAAGAAGAAAAUAAGGAAAAUAAAACUACUUUGCCACUUACUGAUAAAUAUGAUUCCUCAAAUAUAAAAGUAAACAUGCCGUUUGGGCUGUGCCCUCAAUCGGAAAACAUUAUUUCAUCAAUAAAGAUUGACACUACUCUUUCUAAAAAAGAUCAUUCAAAACAACUGUUCUGCUCUAAAGAAGCCCAGGAUCCAGAUUUGGAACUGAUUCAGAGAUGUGAAGAAGCUAAACAUUCCAGUUUAAAUACAACUUUUGAAACAGAAGUAGAAGAUGAAUCUAUCUAUUUUACACCUGAACUUUAUGAUUCUGUAGAAACAGAUGAAGAAAAAAAUAAGCUAGUUGAAACCGAUGGAUUCAGUAAUAAUUCAAAUUGCAUUUUAGCUGGAGACUUUUUUGAAAUUAGAACUAUGAAAGGAGUGAAUUCAGUCAGAGAUGUGAAAGCUGAGGAUUACACAGAAACAAAGUUGAAUAGAAUCACUCAUAUUGAAGAGAAUAAAAUUAAUGACAUGUAAAUAAUAAUUUACGCAUUUGAUAAAAUGGUCUUGCUUUAAA